AUGCUGCAGUUCCGCACCGAAGGCUACAACGGAUCGGCCGUCAAAUACUCCCCCUUCUUUGACAAUCGACUCGCUGUGUCCGCGUCUGCAAAUUUUGGUCUCGUUGGAAAUGGGCGUUUGUAUAUACUAGAGCUGACUCCGAAUGGGAUUGUACCUUCGAAAAUAUUUACGACACAGGAUGCGCUUUACGAUCUAGCGUGGUCUGAGAUUCACGAAAACCAACUUCUCACGGCGUCCGGAGAUGGCAGUAUUAAAUUAUUCGACAAUUCGGUCAACGAUUUCCCUGUACAGGUAUGGAAGGAGCAUAACCGGGAGGUGUUUUCAGUACACUGGAAUCUAGUCGCCAAAGAUCGUUUUUGCUCCAGCAGCUGGGAUGGCACAGUCAAAGUGUGGUCGCCACAACGACCACAAUCGCUUUUGACUCUGCCAACGCAUAGUUGCACCUACUCCGCCGCGUUCUCCCCGCAUUCCCCAGAUAUCUUGUCUUGCGUGACGUCCGAUUCGCAUGUCCGAAUAUUCGACCUUCGCACACCCGCAUCUGCAUCGAACCAUCUCACUCUUCAGAUUCCGAUCCAUGGCGCUUCGUCGAUGAUGGUGCCCAUGAAAGCCGGGAUGUCGCCCGAGACUGGCUCGGCGCCUCCGUCGGAAUGUUUAACGCACGACUGGAACAAAUACCGCUCGUCGGUGCUUGCUACUGCAGGCGUUGACCGUAUCGUACGCACAUUUGAUAUCCGGGCGCCGCAGCAAGGUCCAGCGACUAUCAUGCCUGGUCAUGAGUAUGCAGUUCGCAAGCUCGCAUGGUCACCGCACCUAUCUAGUCUGCUUCUCACAGCUAGUUACGAUAUGACAUGCCGAGCCUGGGACGACCGGUCGGAGAAUCAAGGGGACAUGGACGCAAUGCGCAUGGGGCCAGCGGGGCCUGUUCUAGGCCAGGAAGUCGCCCGUAUGAAUCACCAUACGGAAUUUGUGACUGGUGUCGACUGGUGUUUAUUUGGAGCUGAGGGCUGGUGUGCUAGUGUUGCUUGGGAUGAGAGGCUAUGUGUGUGGGACGUGAGGGCCUUUAUGCAAUGA